UAGCAUUAAAAGAACAUUAAUUCAUAUUGGUAUACCAAUAAAAUUAAUAAAUUUAAUCCACAAGCUAUUAUCUGACUCACAAGCAAAAAUUUCAAUUAAUGGUAAAACGACCAGAAAAUUCGAUAUUAAAAGAGGUGUAAAACAAGGUGACCCAAUCUCAGCCACUUUAUUUGUAAUUGUAAUUGAAAUAUUAGCAAGAACAAUAAAUGCAGACAAUUCAAUAAUUGGAUUACCAAUUUCACCCAAUCCACAAAUUAAAAUUAAAUUUACCCAAUUUGCAGACGACUCUACAACAUACAACAUCAACUACGAACAACAACAACAAUCAAUCAAACAUUUCGAUAAUUUCUGCGCUUCAACAUCAUCAUCAUUAAAUUUUGACAAAAGUGCAAUAAUAGAAAUCAACCCCCACAAAAUCACUGAUAAACACAUAAUAAACAACAUUCCACAAUCAAAAAGAAUUCCAAUAACCAAAAAAGAUCAAUCAGAAAGAGUUCUUGGCUAUUUCUUUAAUCAUAAUGGUUUACAUAGGAAAUUACCAGAAACAAUGAAAACACUGAUUAAAUCAUUAGUGCUAUGGAAAACUAGUGGCACAACAUUAAAAACAAAAACAACCAUCAUAAACACCUACUCACUAUCACCAAUAACAUAUUUAUCAUACCUUGAAGAAUUUACAAAAGAUGAAGAAAUUCAAAUUAAUAAAUUAAUCUCAUGGUUUAUGAAUUCUCCCGCAAAUUCUGAAUCACCAACUCUCGAUACCAAUUCCAUUGAAAAAAACACAUCAACCAUCCAUUCACGUGCAAAAAUACCUUUGAUGUGUUAUGAUAGAUCAUUAAAACCAUUAAAAGAAGGUGGUUGGGGUAUGUGGAAUAUACAAUUACGACAAGUUGCUCAAAAGAUUUGGAUAUACAACAGAUUUUUACAAAUGCAUAAAUCUGCAAACAAUUCAAUAUACAUGAUAAGUUGGAUGGAUCAAAUCAUCAACAAAUCAAUCUCUUCUCCAUACCUUAUAAAAAUCAAAAAAGAAUGGGAAAACUAUGCAACUCAAAUUGGACAUCUAAAAGAUAAAGUUCAAAUCCUACAACCAAUAUUAACAAAAAACCAACCCUCUCAAACAUUAAACACAAAUAAUAUUUCACUACCACCAACACUCAAAGAAAUCUACUCGACAAUACUAAACAAUCACCAAUGCAAAUCAAAAGACUAUAUUGGCAAGAAAUAUUCAGAUCUACUUCUUACUUCGCACCAACAAUCAAUACAACUAUUAUGGAAAUACACAUACGACCAACUUUUUGUCAAAAUUCAAAAAUUAAAAGAUCCAAAAGGCCGAGAUACAAUGCAAAGAUUCCAUGCUAGAUGUCUUCCGAUUAAUCAUCUACACAACAAAGUUUGCCCCAUUUGCAACAAUGAAAUGAAUAAUGAUCCCUAUGGUCAUUUGUUCUUCAAUUGUCAGCACACAAUCAACUUCAUUAACCACGACAAAUUAAAAUAUUUUAUAUAUAAAAAUUGCAAUGGAAACAAAAACUGGUCACUAACAAAAAACCAAACAACAAAAUUAUACACACUCAUUUAUAAACCACAAACAAACAACAAAGCAUUUAAACCAGAUCCAACUAUCAAUAUUAAUUUUCAUUUUGCAGAAAACGCACAAUAUAAAAAAUACAGGUUCAACUGGAAUUAUAUAAACACAAAUCUUGAUCUAGUCAGAACACAUGCAUAUUGGAACAUAAUCUCAUUAGUUAUUCAACAAAUAUGGAUAUGGUUAUGCAAAUCAUUAUUUGACAUCAAUAUAACUCAAUCAAUUGAUAAUUGGAACAACCAAAUAAACAACACAACACUAGAUUAUGAUAUAUUAAAAUCAAAAUGGCACAAGCUAAUAAGAUUGGAAUAUUCAAGAACUUUAUCAAACUUUAACCAAUACUCAAUUAAAAACAACCUCACAAAAACUCAAAAAGAAACCCAAUGGUCCGAAACCAUCAAAAAAUUUAAAAAAGAAUGGAGCAUAAACACAAAUGAACCAAUUCCAACAAUUACACCACCAAUUAAUUAUUAA